GACGCUGCCGUGAAGCAGAUCUUGCUCACUAUGAAUGAACAGCAGAGUUUCAUCAUCGAAGAUUUGGACGACAAUCAUCUUGUUAUAAAAGCAGAUGAAGAAUUUCGUGUUCGGCGGCAACUCGAGACUGAGUUGGAAAAGAAUACAUAUAGUAUGGAGUAA